AGAGUUAGUUAUUGGCUGCGCAUCGGUCUUGCUUUGACAGUGUUAUAAGUUCAAACUAUUAGGCCAAACUCCAGUGUACAUCUGCAAAGGCGGCAGGCUGCUACAUACUCCGAGCUCGAUCAACUGGAUCCAAGUCUCCAGCCUAUCAUAGCAGACUAAAUGAGCUAGCUAAAGUGCUCCAAGAGGGUUAUAUCAAUUAAGGGCCGCUAUCCAAAAUUAUGCCCAUGCAUAUCAGGCACUAAGGUUGUAACAGGUAACAGUUUUCAUGAUAUCGAUGAACUAAAGACGGCUGUCAUCACUUAUUAGAAUUGCCAGGAUUGCACACAAGUGUAAAGCUGAAGCCGCUGAGAUUUGAUUUGUUGAGAAGGAAGAGCAUAGCAGUCAGUAGUGCUAAAUCAACCGUUUUUCUGGUCUUGGUUGGCUGUUCGUGAUCGCUAUUGGUUGGCAGCUGGAUCUGAAAUUGGUUUAUAAUCAAUGGAUAGUUUUGCUUGGGAUAGCUCGCACAUUAUCACAAACACAGCCACCCUAUGGAGCAACCAUCAUCAACAUGAUCUUGAUCAAGAGAGCUUAUUGAUGUCCAAUAACUCUGGCUCCAGUGUCUUCAAUAUACCAAUCCAAGAUCAUCAACUUCAACAAGGCCAAGAACCUCACAUGAUGAUGAAUUCUAAUACCCCGAGUCCUCCGAGUAAUACUCAAAUGGCUCAGCAACAUUGGGGUGGUAAAAGUUUGGCCGCUGAGCAAUUGCGUCAAGCCCAUUUUGCAAUCACUACGCCUUAUUCACUGAACUCUCUGAUCAGCAGUGCUUUCAUGGCUGAUGAACAUCAUCAUAUCAAGGCUCGGCAGGCGUCAAGAGCGACAUGUUCCAUUGAGUCUCUGGAUUGCUUGCUGUCUGCAACCAAUAGCAACACUGCUGAAGACACUACAUCUAUAAAUCAAGAUGAUGCAAUUAAUUCUACAAUGUUUCCAGAUUGUCGAAGAUCAAACUUAUGGAACUUCGGAACAGGCAGUGCUACUACUGGAGUCUCAUCGGGGGAGUCCGAGACCACUAACAAUGCAUCAAGAGCAACCAAAGCAACUCAAAGUUUCAACAAGAGAAGCCGCAGCGAUGACCAAAGCGAUCAGCUGAAGUUUUGUGCAGAAAACUAUAGUCAACACUUUGAUCUUUUUCACACAGAUUCUUCUACUGCUAAUGCAGAAGGUGGUGGGUUUAGGCUCAUCUCUGAAAACCCACCGAAGGCGAAGAAGAUCAAGUCAUCAUCAGAUCAGAAGUCCAGCACUCCAAGCACAACCAACAUCAAUUUUCAGCAGCCAACUUCAUCAUCACCAUCAGAUUCCUCCACUGAUCAAGAACCUGAUCCAGAGGUCAUCGCACAGAUGAAGGAGAUGAUUUACCGCGCCGCGGUUUUCAGGCCAGUCAACUUGGGUAUAGAGAUGGUCGAGCGGCCCAAGAGGAAGAAUGUGAAGAUCUCGUCUGAUCCACAGACGGUGGCUGCAAGGCAAAGGAGGGAGAGGAUCAGCGAGAGAAUUAGGGUUUUGCAGAAGCUGGUUCCUGGUGGAAGCAAGAUGGACACUGCUUCUAUGCUCGAUGAGGCUGCAAAUUACCUCAAGUUCCUCAGGUCACAAGUCAAGGCUUUAGAGAAUUUGGGCCAAAAGAUCGAUUCCAUGAGUAAUUGUCUUGCUCCUGCAAGUUUUGCUUUCUCUUUCAAUCCUUCCUUCCCCAUGCAAACACACCAUAUCCCUCUCCUCCUUAAUCCUAAUCAUAAUAUCCAUCAACCCCUAAAUUAGUCCCGAAAACUAAGAUAAAAACGAAAAAAAAAAUAGAAGCCCUAACCCAAAAGACCUUUAAUCAUUCCCAUCAUCAUUACCAUUUUAUCGACAAUGAUUAACCUCCGAAAACCCAAUUUGACCCAAAUCAUUCUCUUCAUCAUUACAUCUUGAUUUAUAAUCCGGUCUCAUUCCAUGCCAUCAAUACACCCACCACCCAAGACCUCCUUUCGGGAAAAUUCUAUUUCCACUACCAUCGAUCGUCUUUUACUGUUUCCACUAUUUAGUGUCAUGUUCUGGGAUUGAUCGUCAUGCUAUAUGUACAUAGUGGAAGUAGCAAUAAACGAAAUAAUGUAGCUGCACACGAUCAAAUUUCUUCAUUUGAAUACAAAAUUAAGGAUCAGCAACUAUAUGAUAAAAAUCUGCAUGAAUGUUUAUGUACUCGAGGCUCAGCUUUCUUGGAGAUGUUUAUUUGUGCUAAGUAUUUGUUUAAGCAAUUGUUGUACUAACCAACACAAGGGACAUUCCCUUAAGAAUUGUGAAUCCUAGUCAGUGGUCCUG